AUGGCCCGUGCAGCUGCUGCGAUUCGGGCUGCUGUAUCAACGGGAAUCGGAGUGAGUCUGGUUGUGGGCCUCGUUUCCGCCAUGGUGAUGCCUGGGCUGUGCCCUACGCUCAAGGAGAAGGACGAGUUCGAAGUGAACAGGUUCAUGGGAACCUGGUUUGAAAUCUUUCGAACGCCUUUCAUCGUCGAGUACAUGGUGAAAUGCGUCAGGUUCCACUACUUGGACAAAGGUGAAGAACAAAGCGUCGCCGUCCGGCUUCUUGGUGAACGAACCACGAUGUCAUCAAUGUUCACAAGUGGUAAUAGGGGAGAUGAAAUAACAAUAGAUGGCGAACUUUUAAUGAGGGAUGGAAAUGCACCCUACGGGAUCAAGUUAAAAGCAGCCUCCUUCCAGUACUCAUCUCCUAUGUUAGUGCUUGAUUCAGACUACAGCACAUACGCCGUGCUCUGGGCUUGCGAAAACAAUCUGAUCAGUGGCAUCGUGCGAAGAGAAAACAUCUGGGUGCUGUCGAGAACUUCAACCUUGAAUGCCACGAUGCAAACCUUGAUCAUGGACCACCUCAAGAAACAAACAUACAGCUCCUACUUUCUAAUGCCUACCGAACAAAAAUCAUGUCGAACUUAUGUUUGA